UAUUUUUGUUUGACAAAUGCAGUAGGUUGAAGCAUUGAGCUGUUGAUAUUUUGAUAGAUGAUAAUUGUUUUUGCUUUUAUUUGAUCCAACCCAGUAAUUAUAUUGGGGAAAAGUUAUCAUUUUUUAUCCCAGCUUAGGUGGAAUUGAAGUGUUAAUGUAGGGAUACUGAUGCAAUAGGAGCUUGAUUGGUUGUAGUAGUACUAAAUUAGUGAUUGAUAUAGUAAAACAUCGGCUUCUGCUUCCACCGGUUUGCAUGUACCAGUCUAUCAUAAAGCUGUUGGUUAUUUCUGCAGUUUGAGAAAAUUUGCUUGGUUCUUUAAAGAGUUAGGAUUGCAAAGUUUGUGUGAUCAUUCAUGUAUUUUGUUAAUCCCAAGUAAAAGCCCACUAUGAGAUUUGAAGAAAGCAUGGCUGUUUGAGAUUAUCAUAAGUAAUGUAAAUUUUCAUUGUUAUGUUUAUAUUAAUCCCGGAACAAUUAUUGCUAUAUCUUUGCUAGUCAUUUCCUCAACUUCUUUCUAGAAUGUAUUGUUUUCAAGGGGGACUUUUAUGCGAUGGUACCCAUGCUAUGCAAGGUCUGGAUAGUAUCUGCAUGGCUUAUGAAAGGGAUGGCCCUAUGCACAUUACCUAUUGUGAUGCUGGUGCAGUCCUAGAUGAAGAUUUCAGUUCUGUUAUGCAGAGCGGGCAAGUUGGCUAUGUUGAUGCAUCUGUUGCUGUGAAGAGCAGUAAAAGUAUUUCCACUUGGAAUACUUUCGGGAAUGAAGUAAGAGAUAGUUUCAAGCAGUAUGAUAUCCAGUUGAAACCACUCUUCUCAGCAUUUCAUUGGAAAAAUUUUGGCCUGACAUCAUUGAGGUCUUUUAUGUUAUUCUAUUUGCCUCUUUUGGAACCCCGUCCACCUAGAGAGGAUGACGAGGAAGACUUUCUAGUUGAGAAUCCUGAAGAGCAUCAUGUAGAUUUGGUUGAGCCAUUUAAGAAAUCAGUGAUACAGAUAGCCCGUGAGACGAGUGUGGUUACCACAAGGCGUAUCCUUGAAAGACUUGCUGUUCAUUUCGCUUCACAACGCAUAGCAUGGAAACUUCUGAAGGAUGUUCCCAAAUCCGCAAUUCGGAAGGCAGCAAGGAAAAUGCCAACUUGUACAUUCUGUUUCUGUGUUAGCAGAACCACCCUCAGAGGACAUCUCCUCGGAGUUGUAGCUUCAUGGGCUGUUCAAGUUGGCAUCAAUAUCUAUGGAUUUCUUUAUACUAUAACUAAAUCCAAGAAUGACAGUGAUGCAACAAUUGAUACAACAGAGGAAAUUAAGACACUCGGAAAGAAGGUUUAUGGUACCAGUGUCCGAUGUGUUUCCUCACUAGUUUUUGCAUCUAUCGGAGCUGGCAUUGGAGCUACGUUGAUUCGUCCCUCAACGGGGCAGUGGGUUGGGUGUUUGCUUGGGGAUUUAGGAGGACCAAUUAUCGUUACAUUCUGUUUCGAGAAACUUGGCUGGGCACUUUAAAGGCUCGUACCAACAGAGAGAACAAUCGCUUCUACAGACAGACACUUAUAUUUUUUACUGGCACUUUUUCAUUUUUUGCUCUGCGCUGGUUGAUGAUUGUAACUUAUAAAUGGAGUAAUUUAUUUCAAAAGAAAUAAAAUUGAAUUAUUUACUCA